AUGAAAGUCCUCCUGCUCGGCGUCACUGGCAACGUUGGCUCGCGGCUGUUGCCAGCCCUAAUCGCCCACAACCACACAGUCGUCGCUUUCGUGCGCUCGCCCUCUAAGCUCUCUACCGAAACCAAAUCCAAGCUUGACUCUACAGUCAUUGGCUCUGCCACGGAUAGCGCCGCCAUCAAAGCUGCCAUCCUCAACAAUAAUUGCGACGCGGUCGUCAAUGCGUCAGGGAUAGCUGCUCCGACAUCAUUCCAUUCUGCGGGAGAGUUUCCAGCCAUCUUUGCGGCGGUCGUAAAGGCCACCGCGGAGGCGGGGCGGGAGCGUGGAAAGGCGCCUAUUAGAUGCUGGCUUAUGAGUGGGUUUGGUGUAUUGGAGGCUCCAAAGAAGCCUCAUUUAUUGAUUGACUACCUCCCUCUCUUUCCAACUCACAAGCCGAACUACCAACUCAUCAAAUCAUACACGACCGACGAACUCGCAUGGUCACUUUGCUGCGCAAGCCAACUAAUCCCCAAAUACGACGGGCCGCAAUACCCUGCCCCCGCAGACUGUUCUGCCGAUGACCUCGUGGUCCAGGCUGAUUCUCCGCCGCUAUGGAGUCAAAAGUUUGUCAAGAUACCGCUGAUCGGCGGUUAUUUGAAUGUUCUGUCGCAGGGACAAGACUAUUUUGCGACGAUGGAGAGUAUUGUGGAUGUGAUAGCCGGCGAUUUGGAGAAGGGACUCGACAGUGAAUAUGUGGGGAAGAGAGUAGGCGUUAAGGAGAAGAGCAGGAUUAAAUAG